CAUCGUUCUAUCGAAAAUUAUAGUCCAUCGUUGCAGAUUAGGUGUUAUAAACACGAUUAUGCAUAGCGGCAAAUCUCUGCUUUGGCAUCUUCCUGUUCCUCUAUGAAGAAAAAUAAAUUGGCAUGAUUUAUCCACCCUUUUAUCCAUCAAGCCACGUAGCCUCUAUCUGCGUUCGUAAUCCGAAACCUAACGUUAUAUUUUGUAAGAAGCAGCAGGAGUUGCAGUAACAGCAACAUGUCAUCUGUGAAGGAAGACUCAGGAGGGCGGCGCAAGAAGGAGGUUACCGCGCAGCUCACCUCUUAUCUGAGCCAUGUGCAGUACUACAUCGAUUUCUGCCGACAACUGCCGAACUCAAACAAGAAGUUCCACACACUUGCGGCAUUGGUACUCAAAAUACGACUCUUCCUUGUGACAACUCUUGAUCAAUAGAUGCACCCUUCUGGUGACGCACACUCGCGGCAUUGGUACUUGAAUAAAUACAAGGACUCUUGUGAUAACUCUAUUUGAUUAUACGUUUACUUCUUCAGAAUCAGAAACAUCAACUAAGGAGCCUGAAUAGAGCAGGAGCACAAGGUGGAAAGAGGAAACCGCAAUAAAAUCAGAACUAUUUUCAUCUUUGUAGAGGCAUCUUCCCCUUCCGCUUCCAAGUUGUAUACUUUCUUACACACAAAAAUCCCGAAAUAAUAGUCCCAUCAUGUUUCAUUACACAGGUCCUCCUCAAGGAAAUGACGACAAAGGCCCAGGAAGUCGAAUCAGCAGUAUGCCACCAUCUUUUUGAAACCGACCGCAUUGAGCUCGAGCGUUUUGUUCAAAAAAUGAAUGGCGACGAGGUACUUCUAUUAAGUUUGUUACCUUUCUGAACUUUUUGUAUCGAUAGAUUUCGGUGAAGCAGAGGAAUCUGCACUACCGUAAUCAACAAGAACUGUAUUCUAACAAAGAUCAUCUACUAAGUACAACACUGACAUCUUCCUUCUAUAAGCAAUAUAGACACUGCACCCUCUUCUUGUUGUCCAAGAUCCUCUUGUUCACUCCAACAGGAGUGGGAGCGAAACGUGGUCCAUCUUCAGAAGCUUGUGCUGGAGACGGUACGCGAAAAACUAGAUCUUGCAGCCCGCGACGCAGAGCCAAGCUGCUAUCCUUCCUCGACCGACGAUCUAUCGAAACUGCAGCAAGGAGAGGGCGCGUUGCUUCCCGACGUUGCGCAGAAUGCGGCACAGAGCAGCGUCGAGGCAGAUACUGCGGCACCAGUGGCGCCAGCCAUGGCCACGAUCUUGCAGAGAGGCGUCGACGCAGACAGUUCUAUGAAAUUGCAGCCAAAUACCAGCGGGGUUGCUGCCAUGCAAACGCGGUUGAAUUUGGGGGGCCAACAGAAUCUUCUCAAUGGUGAGAUCAAUUUGGCUGCAGCUUUGCAGCAGCCUGGCGCACUGCCAGCGCAAAACAAAGACUUCAGUAGUGCAGCAGUGGGCGAGAAUGGCAGUUUUUUAGCCGGUUUGCUUCCUGCAUGGUUGGGUGGCGGUGGUCAGAACGAAAAGGAAAAUGCUGCAUCCGAGUUGUCCUCAGUGGCUCCCAACGCUGGGCUGAGUCAACAGAUUCUCCAACGUAUGCAGCAAGAAGCUGCCGCAUCACAGCCACCGCUGGUGAACACUGGAAUGCCAGCACCGCCGGGUCAUUUGCAACCUCCGAACCUCUUCAUGUCGAUGGUGGCAGCACAGCAGCAGCAGAUGAAAAUACAACAGGUACUUGAGUUUUUUUUUUUGAAGCUUGUGAUCAUUUACUUAGCAGGGAGCAACAUACAUUUGAAUUCGCAUUGGUAAGCUAAAAAAGCGUCUCGGCGUGUUCCUUUAGAAUUAGAAAGAGCUAAGGCUAACAUCAUACUCAUAGAUUGUGAGAACAGCAUCAUCUUUAUUCCACGUGGUGUCCUUUUUUUUUGAAUGAUUUUCCUAGGGAUCGUCUGCCGCGUCUGAAGUUGCGAGUGCUGUCGGCGGAGCGGCUUCAGCUGUGUCCGCUAUGACAGCGACUAGUUUCGUCCGGGGCCCUGCGCCAGACCGGUUUCCAAAGGUCGUGCCCGAUGGAGAUUUUACGGAGGAGCAGCAGGGAGAGCAAGAUCAAAACGCCGCUGGUCAAGAACAGUUUGAAGUUCCACCAACAGUGCCAGUCAUGAAUGCUGGAAUCCUCCAGAAUGGGGUAGCAGCAACAGAAGACGCUAGUGGCGUUGUGCCUCCGACUGCUUUCCUGAAUCAAUCCCCGCAAAAGCACCAGACCGCAGGUGACCAAACUUUCUUAAGCGGCACUGCAAGCAAGCAGCCACUUCUGCCGCCACUAGAUCCGAAUGCCUUUAGCUUCUUGCAAGAGCCGAAACAAGAAUCAGCACAAUCGAUGGAGGUAUUAACACUGGUGAUUUUUUGCAGAUUUCGCUUUGACGAUAUCGAUAACAAUAUUCAUGAAAAAUUUAGUAUUGAUGUUGAACUUAAGAGUAAGCCAAAGCCUGGUCUGGAGAUAUGAAACAACAACCAUUUUUUAGAUUAUCUAUCAUCAAUUCCCUGGUAUCCCAGACCGCGACUCGGCCAUUUUCCAAUUAUCAGGACAUGAUGGCCUCGGUAAUGACGAAGAUGUCCCAGCCGUUCGAGUUCAAAGCACGGUCUGAGUUGACAGUGAAGCCCCUGAACCCGGUGGAGCCCAUGAAAAUCAAGGCAAAGCCCAUGGUCAAAUCGGAUGGAUUGCAACAAAAAAUGUUGGAAAGUAUCAAGCGCUUCAAUUCCGUAGCUAGUCAGCUUCCCCCUCGACAGUACGUAACCAUGGACGCGCAGCCUCUCAAAUUCCUCAACGUGGAUCCUCUGCAAAAGAACUUUGCCCCGCUCUUAAGGCUAGUAUAUCACUAUUUGGUGUGAGGUAUCUAUCCUGAGUGGCGGCUCCCUUGAUUCAAAAGGAAAAUCAACGGGAAAGAAAGCCACUCAGUCAACCACGGAUAGCGAUUGACUAGCGUUAACGCUCUCUGUUGGCCAAGUCGGCGUUGCGUUUGGCGGAACUGGCGCCGCCAGUGGGAGCAGCCAGGUAGUUUGCACUUUUAUCCCAUAGGCUUGAGACGCUCGUGUUUAUAUGAAAGCUGCCUGAUAAUUUUUUUUAUGAAGUACUUUGAACACGACAGCUCUGACAUCAUACAGCAAAUCCCAAAACAGGUAAGCCGGAUGGGAACGAACGCUAUGCCGGGCCCUCUCGGCGGUCGCUCGACCGAAGUACCAGUAUGGCAAAAUGGACAGCCAGUACCUGUGGCCCAGGUACCUGCCAGCAAUGACCUCCUGGAAAAAGUCGCAAGGGUGGAACCCAAUGUGGAGUACUACAGUACCACACAUGGCCGAUGGAUUCCGGCGGUGUGCCUCGGUGAGAAUACAGAUGGAACGCUCCGACUCGAUGUCAAAAUGUGUGCUCCACCAGAGAGAGUUCGACUGAGGGGACAAGAAAAUAGCGGAAAGGAAGACGUAUUCCCUGUGUUCCAUCUACUUUUGUCUGAGACUUUCAUUAAAGAUACCUUCUGCCUUACACUUGUAGAGCUAGGGUCUGCGUCUGAGUCUCCAUCGCAGCAGCUGCCUACCAGACUUUCUGUCUUAACAUUCUUCGAACUCGGGCCACCUCCUUUUUACAACAAUCUGAUCGUGCUCAGGACUGCGCUGUUCCUACUGGGCCUUCCUUCGCCGCUGUGCCACAGCUCAAUCAGCCUGCGCGAGGGCAGACUCAUGGGUCGACGAGUGCCCCAGGAACCCAACCGGUAUUGACGCAGCCACACCUUGCUGCCUACUCUGCCAGCAUUCUCAAUUGCGGCCACGCUGGAGGACUCGGUGGUCAGCCUUCUAGCGUUGUCGAUGAGCACCAGAUGAACAUGCGAACCGGACCAGCGUACAUCCCGCUGAUGGCCCCCCCAUCGCAGGAGGCUGCGCCGGGACAUGACUCGAGGCGGUCGCAUAUCGGGCAAGGGAUUCCCGACAUCGGUGCGCCGCUUCUUGGCGGCGGCGAGGGCUGCGACAGGGCAGAAGAACCGGCGCCUCGCGGCGUGCGGUUCAAUCAGAAGACUAGCGUGUAUUCAGCUGGCGUGCGGGAUUCCUGCGUGAGCUUACCAGCGGAAAUGUCUGCAAGAGAAGAAGCACAAGGCAUCAACAUGGAAAAUUUUCCGGAGGGAGACCCAGAACACGAACUGUUGGACACAGAAACAAAGCAGAUCCUCGAAAUGCACAAGCUCGGAGAACGCUAUCGCGCUUUCUCGGAACGAAUCUCGAUGACCCUCAACAACAGCACACUGUCGGCCGAGGACCAGCAACGAGGAUCAUCCCGAAAAAGCAUGGAUCCCUCGCAGAAUGAGUACGCAUGAUCUAGCUCUGAGUUGUAGAUUGUUGCUUUGUGACUAGUUGAUGCCGAAGAACAACUCGUACCCAUUGAGAAUUCCUGUAAUGUGCCAAAGUUGAGGAUGGAGGAUCAGGAUGAGCAGUAUACCUUCAUAAAAGAAUGGAUCAAAAAUGCAAUCAGGGCAUCUUCACAUCAACCAUGUCACAGGUCUACAGGCGGCAAUGUGCGCCCUGUGAACUGUCCGAAAUUCAUGGAGACAAUUGACGAACUUCACGGCAUGCUUGUGCGCUUGCUCGAAGACCCUACACUAUCGGAUCAAAAGGAAGCAGCUAGAAUUUCCGAGAAGAUCGAGCAGCAGAAGCGACUAAUCUCCGAGCGGACAAGUCGCGCAAACGUCGAGCGAGAACUGAGUGCGGCAUCGAGUUCAAGGUAUGCCGGAUCUGCCGCGGGACAGUACUCAAGAAACAUGGAAGAACGCGCAACGCCGGCGGGAGGUCCCUCUGGUGCUUCGGGCGGAAGCGGGAGUCCCUUGCCGGUUCGAAGUGCGCCGCCUCGUGGACGGCCAGGCGCAGAUACAAGCAUGCUAUCCGAGCGCGAGGACGAGGGCCACAGUCAGUACUACUCUGAGCAGGAGGAGCCUCCUUUAGCGGCAGCAGGACAUCAGAGCAGCUAUGAGGACAGCAAUCACCCCAUCAACUAUUCCGAUGGCGGCGCUUCUUCCGUACUUUCGAACAACCAGAACUACUACCAAUACAACCGAAAGAACGAGGAGGACGGGACGAGCAGCCGAAGCGCGAGAAGCCCUCCGCGAGUAGGAAGAGGACGGAACGACGAGUCUGACAGCAAUAUCAACCUUGAAGGAGACGAUCAGAUACUGCAUCAUCAAAAUCAUGGAAGCUACGAUGAUGAGCCCUAUGUCAGUCCCGAAAAGCCGCCAGUGUCGAAGAAUUUCUACCGAAACGGGCGCAUGUACAAAUCAACGUACACAUCGUCCAGUAGCGGCGCAGCAAAUUACGCAGGUGGAGGUGCGGCGGCAGCCAGCAGCAAUUAUCCAGGUGAUGGCGGCACGUCGUCCGGUGCAGAGCAGCUGCCGCCCGCAGGCUCGGGUGGAGGUGCACGCGCGAUGUCGACGCGCCCGGGGCAGCCGCGCCGCAUCUUCUCAGGCCGUGUAGCCGACAACGCGUGGAUGCGUCGGCGACGAGACGAUGAAUAA